AGCGAGCGUGCCCGGAAGUCCUCCAGGCUGGCGUGCAGCGCGCUUUGCGAAGCUCUUUCCAAAAGGAAGGAGAGGACUACCAGAUUUUGCAAAAGGGCCACUUAAGUAUUGUCACUUUUUAAACUACAUAGAACAUUUGCCAAGGCCCUUGAGGUUUGCUGUGGCCUUAGAGAAGGAGCUGGGGUUCCAAGGCAGCAGCACUAGUGGUGGUUGCUCUGCGCGGAAAUGCAGACCGGGAAGGCCCAGCUGAAGAAGUGCAUCUGUGACUUGUGCUCCUGUGGGCGACAUCACUGUCCACACCUUCCUACUAAGAUUUAUGAUAAAACAGAGAGGCCGUGUCUUCUCUCCGAAUAUACCGAGAACUUCCCUCUCUAUCACUCUUACCUGCCCAGAGACUCCUUCAAGCCCAAGAUGGAGUACAAGAAAGGGUCCAUACCGAUGGAAGGCCUGACCACAUCAAGGAGAGACUUUAGGCCUCACAAAGUUGUACCACUGAAGACCUACCAUCCUGGCCAGUUUGUCCCAAGUGAAGAGAAUAUGGAUCUGAUCACAACAUACAAACAAGAUUAUAACCCCUACCCAGUCUGUCGAGUGGACCCUAUCAAACCUCGGGACAAUAGACGUCCAUGUGGGGACAGGAUGGAGUCCCUACCAACUUACAAAGCUGACUAUUUACCUUGGAACCAACCAAGACGAGAAAUAAUUCGUCCAGAUUACCGCUACCGACCAGAGACCACCAGAUUUGAGAAUAGAACCACACAUCAGGAUGACUACUCCAUGAAAGGCAUGGUGAACACCAGGAGCUGUAAGCCUCCUGCUAUGCCCAAGCUCUGUAACAUACCCCUGGAGGAUCUCACUAACUACAAGAUGAACUAUGUGGCCCACCCCUUAGAGAAGCGCUUUGUCCACGAACCAGCCAAAUUUAGACCUUGUGAAAUUCCCUUUGAGAGCCUCACCACCCAGAGAGAUGCCUUUCAGGGCCUGAAGGGGGAACCAGCCAAGAACUUAAAACCUCCAGGCAAGGUCUGUGCAGUAGAUACGCCUUUCGCUAAUACCACUGAGUUUCGAGAUAAGUACCAAGCUUGGCCAACACCCCAGAUAUUCUCCAGAGCUCCUGUUGCCUAUGUCCCUCCUGAAGAAAAGAUGGACCUUCUGACAACUGUACAGUCCCAUUACACAUACCCUAAUGGUGCCCCAGCUCAGUCCUGCCGACCAGUGUUCUCGCUCAAGAAGUCUGGCCACUUUGAAAGUUCAACUACUACCAAGGAUGACUACAAGCAGUGGACUAACAAGCGCAAUGAGCCAGUCAAGCCUAUUCCGCAGCUGAACUUGCCCACAGAGCCUUUGGACUGCCUGACCACUACACGGGCCCACUAUGUACCCCACCCACCCACCAACACCAAAAGCUGUAAGCCCUCUUGGUCUGUUCCUAGAGGAAAUAUUCCUGUGGAGAGCAAGACCACAUACACCAUUAGCUUUACCCCCAAGGACAUGGGCAGAUGCCUGGCUUCAUACCCAGAGCCUCCUGGCUACAUCUUUGAGGAAAUAGAUCCUUCAGGACACAGGAUAUACAGGCCGGUCUCCCAGAGAGGCUCCUGGGAGAAUGGCCAUCUUUCUGGAGGUGAUUCGAAAAAUCCCAAACAGCCGGAGUUGACAGUGCCAGCCUGAGUUUGGAAAAUUGUUUAGAAAUUGCAUAAUACUAUUAAAAGUGGACGAUUGAGUUAUUCAUUGGACAAAAAAAAAAAAUCCCCAAAAUGAAAAAAAAAAAGUUCAUCAUUUCCAGGACACUUGAAUAAAAUAAGAAUAACUUGA